AGGAGGUGACUCUCCGGCAGCAUUUCCACCGAGCGAAAGGAUCAUGGCGGAUGGCCCCAGGUGUAAGCGCAGAAAGCAGGCGAAUCCGCGGAGGACUAGCGUAAGUAACUACAGCGCUGUGGUGGAGGGCAGCUCGGAUUCUGAUGAUGAGGACAAGCUGCACAUCGCUGAGGAGGAAGGCAGCCUCCCCGAUGGCGAGAGCGUUGCCCCCGACGACGACCCCAAUGGAACUGUCGACCCCGAGGACAGGUGGGAUGAAGCGGUGAAGGAGGAGUGUGUGUCAGACGGAGAUGAUGAACGCAGCAGAGACGCUCUGGUGGAGGAGAUUCUGCAGUCGGGCGACACGGCCAUCAUCUACCCCGAGGCGCCCGAGGACGAGCCAUCACAGGGAACGCCAGAGAACAACGAAAAUGGCACUCCGGACGCGUUCUCCCAGCUGCUGACCUGUCCGUACUGCUCGCGGGGCUACAAGCGCUACGCCUCGCUGAAGGAGCACGUGAAGCUGCGCCACGAGAAGAGCGAGGACAACUACAGCUGCUCGCAGUGCUCCUACACCUUCAACCAGCGCGCACAGCUCGACAGACACAUGAGCGCACACAAGAACGGCCGAGACCAGCGUCAUGUGACUCAGUCUGGGGGCAACAGGAAGUUUAAGUGCACUGAAUGUGGCAAAGCCUUCAAGUACAAGCACCACCUGAAGGAGCACUUGCGCAUACACAGUGGAGAGAAGCCGUACGAGUGCUCCAACUGCAAGAAGCGCUUUUCCCACUCGGGCUCCUACAGUUCCCACAUCAGCAGCAAGAAGUGCAUCGGCCUGCUGUCCGUCAACGGCCGGUCCCGCCCCCUCGUCCCUCCGGGUCCAGACUCGUCUCCCACCGCCGUGCCCCGAACCCUCCCCGCCCGCGAGAAGCCUGCCAAGCCCGCUGUGCCACGGGAGCCAAUCUCCAUCGCCCACAUCAAAGCGGAGCCUCUGGAAAGCGAGCUGAAGCCCUCUGUGCCAACGGUGCCCGCCGGUGCCAACACCACCACCACCACCACCACGGCGGCCGCGCCGGUGCCCGCUCCGCUCCAGCUGUUGCUGCCCACCGUAGGCCUGGUAUCGCCCGUGAGCAUCAGCCUGGCGCAGCUGCAGAGCCUGCUGAAGGCGGAUCCCGCGGGGCACGUGGUGGGCAGCGCCAACGCCACCGGGCCGCUCAUCCAGACCAUCAGCCUGCCGCUGCUCGACCAGGACGGCCACGCCAAGAUCCUCAUCAACUACAGCCUGGACCCGGGGCCCGGCGCGCAGACGCACGCCAUGCUGCAGCUGAAGAAGGAGGCGGUCGCCGUGGCGACGGCGCCCCCGACGACGGCGCACAAUAACCCCGCGCACGCGCCGGUCUGCAAGCCGGAGAGAGAGGCCGAGGACCUGACGCUGAGGAAGAGGAAGAAGAGCCUGGACGAGGAAGAGCAGGAGAAAGAGGAGGAGGAAGCGACGAAGGUCGCGGAGGCGGUCGUCAACGGCGAGGAGCGGUCACCGACGGCCGGCGCGACUCCGGUCGCCACGGCGACGACCCCAGGCGAGAAGAGCCUGCAGUCGGUGCUGAAGAAGGCGACCACUGGCGCUGGAUGCAGAGCCCGGCCCGCGCGGGAGAUCGGCCGAUCGCGCAAGGGCGAUGAGGCCAAGCGGCGCACAGUACCCGCCAACACAAGCCCCUCAGGCGGCGACGCGGCCUCGCAGAGCUCCGAUGUGGACAUCUCGCCCCAGCUGACGCCGGACCCAACGCCCUCAUGUUCGCGGUCACCGUCACCCUCGCCACAAGCGCCCGCGGUCAGCCAAUCGCAGCCCAGCUCCUCCCCUCCGAGUCCCGGGGGACCCCUGAACCUGUCGGCCGACGGCCCCAUCCCGUGCCGGGGCGGCCUGGCCGACGGAGAGGGGCCCCUCGACCUCUCGCUGCCAAAGGGCGUCUCCGCGGCAACGACCCCCAACCAAGCCAGCCCGCCGGCCAUGCAAGACGAGCCGCUGAACCUCACCUGUGCCAAGAAAGAUGCCACGUCGUCCCCCAUCACCGCCGACUGUCCCUCAGUGCCCGCCGCCAUGGCCGGUCCCAUCAGCCUGGUGGCCACCCAGUUGCCCAUGUCUACCCUGGUGGCCAUCUCUGACCAGGGCGGCGCCAAGACCAUCCUCAUUCCCCAGCUGGCCUACACCUACGCCACGCCCACUGGUGACACGCUGCCCGACCAGGCCAAUCACACACAAGUGCUGCAUGUCAAUGGCAUCAAGGAGGAGAAGAUGGACGUUGGUGUGGAUGGUGUGUCGGAGGAGCAGAAUGACUCGGACUCCGGUGCGCCCAGGCGAAAGAUGCGUCGGACGGAGGGGGGUCAGUACGCCUGUGACCUGUGUGACAAGAUCUUCCAGAAGAGUAGCUCCCUACUCCGCCACAAAUAUGAACACACAGGCAAGCGUCCGCACGAGUGUGGCAUCUGCAGCAAGGCGUUCAAACACAAGCACCACCUGAUCGAGCACACGCGCCUGCACUCGGGCGGCCUACCAGUCUCGCGACCGUCGGCAAAGCGCUUCUCCCGCCAGCCUACUGCAGCAUGGUCCCGCUUCUCCUACUGCCGCAAAAGGGCCGCGCGGGAGCAACGCCCGGACGCCGGGGCGUCGCCCGGCGCCCGCGCCAGCGAGGCGGGUCGGCCCCAGCAACCCGGUCACCGAGGCACCGCCUCAGCUCAGGAGCCCACACCCACUCCAGACGUGUCCGCCAUGACAGUUGGGGAGGAGGACUAUCCUGAGAGAAAUCGAAUCAUGUCACGUUUCUCCGCCGCCGACCCCUCACACACGUGCACGUGGCGCCGCUGGAGUGAAGUGUCCGCCUGCCUGUCGGCCGAGCGCUUGUGUUUCUAG